AUGGCUACUACCACAGAGGAAGUUUACAUUGCCGUUAUCGGUGCCGGCGGAGUGGGCUCAUGUUUCCUGAAACAACUAUCAUACUUAAGCAAGACACGCCCUUCUCCCCGUCUUCGCCUAUGCUACAUCGCAAUUAUCGACAAAGCCCUCCACCACCCCGAUUACUCAGAGAUCAACAUCGAAACCGCCCUCAACAGACUCGAAGCAGAGGGCCAAGCACCACCUACAAUCCCCUGGAUCAUCGACUAUCUCUCCGGCGCCCCAUCCAAGGUGAUACUAGUCGACAACACCAGCGCCAACAGUCUUGCAGAAGCGUAUCCACAGUUCCUACGUCGCGGAAUCAGCAUCAUCACUCCCAACAAGAAGGCCUUUUCCGGAAAUUACCAACUAUGGGAAGAUAUCUUCAGCUCUGCGGCUGCCGGACACUCUUACGUUUUCCAUGAAUCAUCCGUUGGUGCUGGCUUGCCCAUUAUUUCCACCCUGAAGGAUCUAAUCAUUACCGGUGAUGAGAUCACUCGUAUUCAAGGUGUCUUCAGCGGCACAAUGUCCUUCCUUUUUAACUCCUUCGCUCCAACAGAGGGCCAAGGCGAGAAAUGGUCCGUUGCCGUCCACAAGGCCAAACAGCUAGGUUAUACGGAGCCCGACCCGCGCGACGAUCUAAACGGUCUCGACGUCGCUCGCAAGCUCACCAUUCUCGGUCGGCUAGCGGGGUUGCCUAUCGAAUCCCCAACAUCAUUCCCUGUUCAGAGCCUAAUUCCUCAGGAGUUGCAAGGAGUGUCAAGUGGAGACGAAUUCCUUGACCGUCUUCCGGAAUUUGACCAGCAAAUGGAACAGCACAAGGCAGCGGCCGAAAAGGAGGGCAAGUUUGUGCGUUUUGUUGGAAGUAUCGAUAUGGCCUCUCGCGAGGUCAAGGUGGGAAUAGAGUCGUUUGAGAAAACGCAUCCUAUCGCGGCGCUACAGGGGAGUGAUAAUCUUAUUAGCUUUUAUACGAAGCGGUACGGCGAUAAUCCGCUCAUCGUUCAGGGAGCGGGUGCUGGGGGUGAUGUGACUGCUAUGGGUGUGUCGAGUGACCUUCUUAAAGUGCUUUCUCAUAUUGCUAGGUAG